AUGGCAGCGGCCGAACCAACGAUGCGCUCCCGGACAAUGUCCCAUGAUGAAAACCGCCUGCGCGAGCUCGGCUACGCCCAAGAAUUGAAACGCGACUGGUCCAUGCUGCACAACUUUGGCGUGUCCUUCUCCAUCAUCUCGGUCAUCACCGGCAUAACAACGCUCUUCCAAUACGGCCUCACGACCGGCGGGCCUGCCGUGCAAGCGGACGGAUGGAUCAUCGUGUGCUUCUUCACCAUGUUCGUGGGCCUGGGAAUGGCCGAGAUCGUUUCCGCCAUUCCCAAUGCCGGCGGUCCCUACUUCUGGGCUGCAAUUCUGGCACGCAAGAAGCACGCCGCGUUCGCAAGCUGGGUCACCGGAUGGUUCAACCUCCUCGGUCAAGUCGCCGUCACAACCGGCAUCACAUUCGGUUGUGCAGGCCUCAUCAGCACCCUCGCCAGUGUGCGCGGUUACGAGCCAUCCCCAGGCAAGACCCUCGGCAUCUAUGCCGCCUUGCUCUUCAGCCACGGCGCGACCAACACCUUCGGCGUCCACAUCCUGCGUUACCUGAACAACGCAAGCAUCAUUCUGCACAGUCUCGGCGUCUUCGCCUAUGCGGUUGCCAUUCUAGCCAAAGCUCCCAAGCAUCAGUCUGCCAGUUUCGUCUUCGCCAAGUUCUACGACGGCACUGGCGACCCGGGCUGGUCCGUGAGAGCCAGCGAUGCGUAUGUGGCCUGCAUCGGCAUCUUGAUGAGCCAGUACACCAUCACCGGCUUCGACGCAAGCGCGCAUCUGGCGGAAGAGACACAGAAUGCCAGCAUGAGUGCCCCAAUCGGCGUGCUGAUGAGCAUCGGAUGCUCUGCCGUAUUUGGAUGGUUCUUGAUUCUCGCCUAUCUAUUCAGUAUCCAGGACUUCGACCAGACCAUCGAUUCCGAGUACGGGCAACCGAUCCUGCAGAUUCUGGUAGACGUCUUUGGCGAGAACGGGGCCAUCGUGCUCAUGACGCUGGUCAUCGUCUGCGUCUGGCAUUGUGGCUUAUUCAGCAUGACCAGCAACUCGCGCAUGAUGUUCAGUUUUGCCAGAGACGGUGGCAUUCCCCGAUUCUUCAAUCAUGUUGAUAAGCGGUGGAAGAGUCCGAUCCGAACAGUUUGGCUAGCGGCAACACUCGCCUUCCUCCUAGCUACACCGAGCUUGGGGAGCACUGUGGCAUUCGCCGCGGCCACCAGCAUUGCCACGAUCGGGCUGUAUAUUUCGUACGGAAUUCCCAUCCUUAUCGGUCUGAUCAACCCGGAAGGCUUCGUACACGGGCCAUUCAACCUAAAAUGGGCCAGCAAGCCGGUGGCCAUCAUCGCAGUGCUGUGGAUCAUGUUCAUCACCAUCGUCUUCUGCUUGCCGCAACUGAAUCCGGUCAACAGCCAGACGCUAAACUACACGCCCGUCUGCGUGGGCGUUAUCGGUGCUUGGUGCAUUCUAAGCUGGUUCCUGUGGGCUCGGCGGUGGUUCAAAGGUCCGAUUCGGCAGAUUGAACUCGAGGUCGCCGGCGUCAAUGUAGACGAUCCUGAGGCCAUGGACCGCGCAGAACAGGAGAAGCGAGUACCACAGCUGGACACGUUGGCCGAUGGGGAAAAGAGCGUACUGGCUGCGAUUAAGCACCAGACUCAGGGGUCCUAA